AUGUCAAAGUACUGCCCACCGAAGAGUUUACGUCAAAAAUAUAUUUUAAAAGCAUCUCCUAGUAAACUAAAGUGUGAUAACUUGAUCAGGUCUGAUCGUGUAUAUUAUAAGGUGUCUCACGAGCAAAAGAGUCUUAAUGAUCGAGCAGCUGAAGACAGGGUUGAUAUGUGUUUAUUGAAAAAGAAUUUUCCAGAAUUUAUUCAGUAUGUAGCCGAUCCAAAAGAGAAAGAUUUUGAAACUUAUUUAGUCAAGAUCAAGUAG